AUGAAUGCUCCACAGAAGCGUAAGAACGACGAUACAUGUCCAUCCCGGAAACGGGUUGACCGUACGGUUCUUGACAAUCCAGCAGAAUUUACGGUUCCUGAAAUUCCAGCAGAAUCUACAGUUCUCGAUACUCCAGCGGAAUUUACAAUUUCCGACAGCCCGACAGAAUCCACUGACAAGUCUACAGGAGGACGCCCAGAAGUCACAAGUGCUCGAGGAGACGUCAUCCUUGAGCCUAUCGAAACAUCUGGACAGGGAACACGCAGGCUUUUGGUCUCGUCUGUGGUCCUCAGCCAUGCCUCGCCGUUAUUUUCUAUCAUGUUUUGCCGUAACUCCUAUGCGGGUCACCCUUUGCCGACAAGUUCACCGCCUACUGUUCCACUUUCUGGCGAUGAUCCGAAAUCGAUUUUUUCUGCUAUGCCUGAUCACCCAUUUCAAAACAUUCCAGCUGCCAGACAAGCUGAAAAUCACCGAGUUCGCCAAUUUCGCAUACGUUUGCCACAAAAUCCAGAGGAUGCGGAGUUCGAGAAAUUGAUCCUUGCGACAUACUUCCUCGAUCUGCCCCAAUCUUUCAACAAAGUCACACGAAGCAUAAUUUGA